AUGUCUGCCACUACCACUGUUUCAUCUUACUAUUCAUCUGUUUUUGUUGCUGGAGCCACCGGAGUUACUGGAAUGCAUGUUGCUAAGGCGCUCCUUAAUCAUCAAUCUGCAAAACAAGUUUCAAUUUUGGUUAGAGAGGGAAGUGAGGAGAAGGCAACUGAAUUGGUCAAUUCUGGAGCAAAGGUUGUUAAGGGAGAUGUUUUGAAUAUGAGCGAGGAAGAGUUGACCAAAGCUUUGGAAUCUGUUGAGGUUGUUGUCAGUGUUAUUCAAGGGCAUGAUGAUAAAACAAUGUUUGAUGGUCAAUUGAAAUUGUUGAAUGCUGCCAAGAAGGCUGGAGUUAAAAAAUUCCUUCCAUCUAGCUUUGGUUUCAAUUACAAUUUAGUCAACUAUGGAGAUUCAUUGUUUAUGGAUACCAAGAAGAAGUUUGUAGUGGAAUUGGAAAAGAGUGGGUUGGAAUAUGUUCAAUUACAUGUUGGUGCCUUUGCUCAUUAUGCUUCUUCUCCAUCAUUUGUAAUGAAGUAUGAUAAGGAUUCGAAUACUGUUUCUUUAUCUGGUGAUUUUGAUGUGAAAUUUGGUAUUACUACUUCACAAGAUAUUGGAAAGUUUGCUGCAGAAGCUGCUUUGAGAAGAGACAUUACCAAACACAAUGUCACUGUCAGAGAUGAUUAUUUGAGCGUUAGAGAAAUUGCUCAAUUAGUUUAUGGAUCUGAUGUUAAACUUAAUUUGGUGCAAACAACUGAGGAGUUGAAGAAGAGCAUUAAUGAAAGAUCAACAGCUCUUGACAAAUACUCCACAAGAUUGGAUGAGAAUUGCUUUUGA